AACCCAAAAAGAGGAAAAGAAAAUGAUUAAAGAAAAAAACAAAAAAGGCAACCCUAUAUGAAAGCUCGCUCUCAAUUGCUGCAACAAAAACACAGCCCACUCUCUCUUUUUACUCGCUCUGUCAGUCCUUCACAUUUCAUCGAUCUCUGAUGGAGCAGUAUGAAAAAGUUGAGAAGAUUGGUGAAGGAACAUAUGGGGUGGUGUACAAGGCUCGUGAUCGUAUGACAAAUGAAACUAUUGCUCUGAAGAAAAUCCGGCUAGAGCAGGAAGAUGAGGGAGUGCCUAGCACAGCCAUUAGAGAGAUUUCUCUCUUGAAAGAGAUGCAACAUGGAAAUAUUGUGAGGUUGCAGGAUGUGGUACACAGUGAGAAACGCUUGUAUCUGGUAUUUGAAUAUCUGGACUUGGAUUUGAAGAAGCACAUGGAUUCUUGCCCAGAAUUCUCCCAGGAUCCUCGUCUGGUUAAAAUGUUUCUAUAUCAAAUACUCCGCGGUAUUGCGUACUGUCAUUCUCACCGUGUCCUUCACCGAGACUUGAAGCCUCAAAAUUUGCUGAUAGAUCGCCGUACAAAUGCAUUAAAGCUUGCAGACUUUGGAUUGGCCAGAGCAUUUGGUAUUCCUGUCAGGACAUUUACACAUGAGGUUGUGACACUAUGGUACAGGGCUCCAGAGAUACUACUUGGAUCACGCCACUACUCUACUCCUGUGGAUGUAUGGUCAGUUGGUUGUAUAUUUGCUGAAAUGGUAAACCGGAGACCACUAUUUCCUGGUGACUCUGAGAUAGAUGAACUCUUCAAAAUUUUUAGAGUAAUGGGCACCCCAAAUGAAGAUACGUGGCCUGGAGUGACAUCCCUGCCUGAUUUUAAAUCAGCAUUUCCUAAAUGGCCACCUAAGGACCUGGCAACUGUGGUUCCGAAUCUUGAUGCAGCUGGCCUUGACCUCCUCUGUAAAAUGCUCUGCUUAGACCCCAGCAAAAGAAUUACUGCCAGAAGUGCUCUCGAACAUGAAUACUUCAAGGACAUCGGGUUCGUCCCCUGAUUCGCUGGCUCCAGUCCUGGCGCGAAUGUAUAUUGAUAUGUGGCGUUCUGUCAUAGAAAAUGUGUGAUAUGUGGGUGAUGUUAUGUCUCUCCCUUUCCUGAUUCAUUUGAUGUAAUUCAAUUUAUAUGGAGGUGGUUUUUGGCACAAGCAACAAGCAACAGCAACUCUAGAAAUCUCAGUUGCUUGUGCUUUUACUAGCUCAUUUCCCCUUUGUGUGAUUGUUUGUUGAUUUUUUAUUUUUCUGUUUUUUCCUUUUUUUUUGGUCGGUUUGGCUGUAACAUCAUGCUUCUGUAUUAGAUUUUAUCCUCUUUUAAUAGAUUACUAUGGUGUGCCCGUUUAGCCCAUCAAAUGUUA